GUACGAUGCUGUCAUGCGAAAUGCAACGAAAUGACGUCUGUUUGUUGUGAAUUUUAGAACGAAGCAAACACAAUCCACAGCCGAAUAAGGGACGCCGAGACGAGCAGAGUUGAACGCAUUUUAAUCGUGAUUUUACUCUGGAUUACCUUCGAAAUUCGUCUUUCUUUCGACCAUUGUGUGUAGAUCCAGUGUUGAAGUACCAAUAACGAUAAUACGUCAAGAAUAGGAAGUUGUUUAUCGACCUAGGAAAGGCCUGCCAACGACUGCAUUGAUACGAGAUAUUCAGCGAAGAUUCUGAUUGCAGGAUGCCGUACGUUAUAAUAAAGACGGAUAACGCAGCGGGCCAAAAGAAGCUGCUGGUGGUGCCUGAAACAUGGGUGGAAAGUAAAGCCGGACAAGGCGAAUAUUUGCGUUGGCCAGAUGCGAAAAGUAUAAAAAAUCUGAAAGAACUGCUAGAGAAUGAAAAAAGCAUCCCAGCAGCUGUAUGGGAAAAACGUAAAUGCAAUAUCAUAUACCAGCACGUUCCUUCUCUAGCAUCAGGAGAGAAAACGAUAGAAAUUAUGCAAAAUUCGAUUCCUGCUGGUAAAGGCACCAGUACAAGCACAACGAAGAGUAUGGAAUGGAAAUGUGCUAAGGAUCAGAAGAAUGAACCAGGAGCGUAUCAUCCUCCUUCGAAAGGGACGCUGAUUGUGGUUGAAGAAACACAGCCGAGUGAAAAUUUGCAGGAUUUAUUAGGCGUUGUGAUUCCCAAGGAGGAGAUCGAGGAUUCAUUUGAAGAUUCGAAUGAUCUGCUAAGAAUAGAACCUUUAAAUGUUUUAACUGAAAGGGAAAGACAAAGCAACGAACAAAAUCUGAUGUCCUUGCUAGGCAUCGAGGAAACGGGGUACGAUCCAUUCAACGAUGUAAGUCCUUCUGCGGAAGUAUCCCAGCCAAGUGCGAGCAAGGUAGCUGGGAAGAGUUCUGCAAAGAUCGAUCCACCUAGAAAUCCAAGUUUGAAUGUGAUCGAGGCAAAACAGCUGAGAGAUUUAGACAUAAUAGAGUACGAUCCGUUUGAGGAGGUAAGCCCUUCGCCGGAAGUAUCCCAUCCACCUAGUAAACCACGUGUGAAUGUGAUCGAUGCUAAGCAGCUGAUAGAUGAUGCACAACGCUUCUUCUCCGACGCCAGCAAAGAGGCGGAUAGUGAACCAUCCGUAGAGAUUCAGUCAUUUUCUCAGCUAAUCGAUAUGGUACAAGAGAUAAAAUUUAUGAUCGAAAAAAGUCAGAAAGACAUUAAAAAAAUUGUGUCCAAUGCUAUGUACAAAAUGACUAGGUCCAUUAAUAUGCUGCUGGAUGGAGAAGUUACUGGGAUGCCGAUCGAUAAUCUGUCGGAUGAUAAUGAAGGACUGAAAUUCGACGUGCUAACGAGCGUAGAGGCAGUGGAAAACUUCGAAGAACGUCUGAAGGACGAAAAAUAUCUGAAGGAGAUACACAGCUGGGUCGAUUCCUGUGUCCGUUUUGAGGGUAGCGCACAGCACCGUAUGCAUAAAAUGCUGGAUCUGAUAUUCGACCGAAAACUAUUUGCAAAGUUCAGCUGGUCAGGAAGAUAUAAACUCCCAAUGCAAAAGUAUACGAAUAUACUGAAACUGUUUGAAUACAUCGGCACCAACGGUAUGGAACGCGUGGAACGAGCGCAUGUAGAAAUAUUCUUUAAAGGAAAAUUGACCCAUGCCUAUGCUAGGGUACACAUUACCAGUACGGACAGAUCGCACCCAAAAAAACGGAAAACUACACUUCAGACGUGCGAUCAAGGUCAGGCAAGCAAAUCGAAAAUAGGUCCAACAGAAGAAAUCUCAAACGCAUCGGAAUUUAAUGUGAAUGUGCAAGGUGCCAGUCAUAGAGGUACCGUCGAACAACAAAAAGGCAACUUAGAAACGGGACAAGCUUCAACAGCACUACCAAGUACUUCAAAACCAUCCGUAAAGGUAAUUUUACCUGUAGUUAAUGUUAAUCCUAUAAAAUCGACGAUACAACUGGAUGGAUUCGAAAGUGCUUUAAACGACGUGAAAAAGAAAAUCCAAGUGCAUAGAUGGGUUGAUAGAACGGUUGGCCAAAUUGCUGAUGCUGAACAACGGAUGAAAGUGUUGCUGGAACGGCUGAUUGAUCGAAAUGCUUUGCAAAAUUUUUGCUGGAUGGAUACUGGCAGCGGAAAGCGACGAUUAGACCAGUACAAAAACUUUAUUCGACUGUUCGAGUACGCCAGCAGAACCAUGGUAUCCAAUACGGUCUUGUUUCAUCAUGAAUUGGUGGCCAGCUUCUUUGCAAAGACGUUGGACCACGUGUCGUAGCAAGUAGGCUGAGGAAAUUAAAAUGCGAACGAAAUGAAAUAAAUGGUGAUCGACCAAGAAUUGAAAUAUUUCA